AUGAAUGCCACCGACCAUGUGCCCUCUGGUGGGCAACACUACAGCGCCACCAAUCGUGUGCCCAAUAUCCAGGAGUUUAUGCAGCGUCUUGACGCCGAAAAGAAGCAACGAGAUGCUGAAAUUGACGCCGAACUCAGACGCAACAAGCGUAACCCCGAUGUUAAAACCCACCGCAAUGAGCUUCUCAAGAAAAAGGGAACACGCAAAGUGCGCGAUCCAGUCACCGGAAAGGACGUUGAGAUUCGUGAUGCGGAUAUGGACUUCACCGAAGCUGUGGAAAAUCCGCAAAUGUCUGUUCCUAAUGGGAAUCUGGGAAAACCUGCCACCAUCGCUACAUCAUCUCAGCAAUCUGGUGAAGAGUACCGUUAUGCCCAAGAUGUGACUGCACCUCCUGAUCCGAUCCAAGAGGGAUCAACUUCCGACGUGCCUAUUCGCAGUGAAAAGACGUCUGUCCUGUUUUACAAAACUCCGUCGGUCAGUUAUGAGCCCAUGUUCAACUCUCUUGAGCUACGGUCAAACGCCUUGUGUGCUGGAAUCUUCAUGGGCAUUGUCUUUUUUGGCAGGCUCUUUGGCGGUCGGCUCCUUGGCCUGAUUCCCCUGGCUAUAUGCGUUACCUCUGGCGUCCAUUUAUGGGUGAAAGAACUGAUCCGCCAAGGACGGGACCUGGAGUGGUCUAGUGAGCAGGAGCGUGGCGAAACUGCUACUAUCAAUCUGAUUCCAGAGUCUGUUGAAUGGAUGAAUACCGCAAUCGGCGUCUUCUGGGGCAUGAUCAACCCUGAAAUGUUUGCCGGUGUUGCUGACACUAUCGAAGAUGUCAUGGCCGCGUCCGUUCCCGGUAUUAUUGAGAAUGUUCGAGUAGCCGAUAUUUCCCAGGGAAACAACCCUAUCCGUAUUCUCAACAUGAGAGCUCUGCCCGACUCUCACGUUCAGGACAUCAAGGACGAAAUCCACAAAGAAAAUGAAAAAGUCAUGGACGAAGAUGAACUUGCGGCCGUGUCACAGGCUGGAGCGUUCUACAACAUGGAAGUUUCGAUCGCAUACCACGCCAAACCCUCAGGUGCUGACAUCGCCUCGAAAGCGCGGAACAUGGGGAUGCAGCUUGUAUUCUACCUGGGAAUCAAAGGCCUCUUUGGCGUUCCCCUUCCAAUAUGGGCUGAGCUGAUUGGCCUCGUUGCUACCGCUCGUGUUAGGCUACAGCUGAGCCCCGAGCCUCCCUUCCUAAAGACAAUGACUAUAACUUUAAUGGGCGUUCCCAAGGUACAAGCUGGCUGUACUCCAAUGAUCGAAAGAGGUGUCAAUAUCUUGAACCUGCCCCUCAUUUCCAACUUCGUUAAUUGGGCUAUUAGUGCCGCAGCCUCAAUGUAUGUCGCUCCCAAAAGCUUGACCUUGGAUAUCAGCAAAAUGGUACAGGGAGAUGAUAUCAAAAAGGAGACGGAGGCAUUUGGAAUCCUCUUCCUUAGAAUACACAAAGCUACUGGUCUCAGCAAACAGGAUCAGCGUGGCAGCAAAGGCGGCGGCUCCGAUCCGUACAUCACCAUUAGCUGGAGCAAGUUUGGAAAGCCCAUGUUUUGUACCCGAGUCAUCCAAGAUAAUCUCAAUCCCGUCUUCGAAGAGAGCUGCGGCCUAUUGGUUACCAGCGACCUCAUUAAGGCUGAUGAACAGCUAUCAGUGGAGCUCUGGGAUAGUGACCGGUCUUCUGCGGAUGACGAGGUAGGCAAGAUUGAGCUAAGCAUCCAAGAGCUCAUCCAGCACCCGGGAAAGAUGUUUCAGCACGUGUCAACGCUGAGUGGCCUCAAAGCUGAGAGCGUUAUGCCAGGAGAGCUUCAUUGGGAAGUUGGGUUUUUUGGAAAGGCGCAAUUCCGUAAAGCCCUUCGCACCGAUGGUCAUAAUCCUAAUGUGGUUAAGGAAUUGGGCAACAGACCCGAAUUUCAAGAGGAUUGGGGCACGAUCCAGAACGAAGAAGAGGACUCUGUGGUCCACACACCCCCUGACCCUCUUUGGCCAUCUGGAAUCCUCAGUGUGGUUGUCCACCAGAUUGUGGGCCUUGAGCUAGCUAAUGUCAAGGGCUCACAGGGGAACCGCAAGGGCAAAGAGUUUGAACCUGCAAGGCCGGAAGCUGGUGAAGUCAAGGAAGAGCAAAGCAAGAGGCUGCCGAGCUCCUACUGCACCAUACUCGUCAAUGAUGAUUUGGUUUACAAGACACGAACCAAGGUAGUGUCAUCGCAGCCCAUCUUCAACGCCGGAACCGAGAAAUUUAUCCGAGACUGGCGCUCUUGCAUUGUUACUGUUGCAGUUCGAGACUCUCGUAAUAGAGAGCACGAUCCACUCAUCGGAGUUGUUCCUCUCAAGUUGUCAGACAUCAUGCAGACUAGUAGCGAGGUGACACGAUGGUACCCUCUCGAUGGUGGUAUCGGCUUCGGGCGUUUGCGUAUCUCUCUCCUCUUCCGUUCCGUCGAGCUCAGACUACCACCUUCACAACUGGGUUGGGACAUUGGAACUUUUGAAUUUCUCUCCGACACAAUCCAGGUCUCGAAUUACGCCCCAUCAAGCAAGGUUCGGAUCAGACUGCGCACUGGAGGCUCCUCUGCCAACGUUAAGAGGGAUCACUCUGUCCGUGAAGGAGAUGGCAUGACAUUCAAUAUUGGCGCCCCCGAAGGUGGGAAGAAGCUUCGGCUGCCAGUACGCUAUAGAUAUAAAUCUCCAAUCUUUAUGGAAUUCUAUCCAGCUGGUAAGAGGGGGGCUGAUGCGUUUGCCUCCUUGUGGCUACUUGAGCUGGUUGACAACCAGGAGAAGGAAUUUGACAUUCCUCUGUGGAAAUGCGACAAUUCCCAGCGACUAUCACAGAACUAUAUCACCCAGGAGAACUUUGCCUCCAUUCCCGAUACGAACAUCCAGGAAAUUGGACGGGUUCGGUUCAAGGGUCGAUUUUCUGCUGGCACCGACUUGGAUCAUAUUAGGUUUGUCACCGAUAACGAUUCUCGCGAGACAAUCGAAACUUGGGAAGCUUGUUAUGCCGAGGGUGUGCGACAACUGGAGGUCCAGCCUGAAAUCCCCGAAUUAACACAGAAAUUGCAUGACGAGUCGCUGACCCAGGGUCGAGAUGUGCUUGCUCAAGCCGACGUUAGAGAAAAAGAACGCUGGUUAGCAAAGGACGGUACUGACUGGACCGGAGCGUUUGGCCAGGAUCCGCAAAACUCGAUGGCUCAGCCCAUGUCCAGCGCUGAUACUAAUGGCCAUGAGCAUUUUGAGGUCGAUACGGAUGAGGACGACGAUGAGGAGGGCGAAGAUGGAGAUCGAGUUGUGGGCAUGCGCAGGACGGAAACGGACCCAACGUAUGGCUCUGCCCCAUCUGAGGGCAGUGAUGAGCGUCAUUCCUUGGACAGCCGUGCAUCAGGCGCAUCGAAGAAGAGCACCGGUAGCACCGGAAGCAAGAAUCCCAUCAGAGCGUAUAAAAAUUACAGGGAAAAGAGCCGGGAUUUGAACCGUAAGCAACGUGGGCUGAUGCAGUGGUUGCCCAUGCGCAAUGCACGGUUUGCCAAGAACGAAGCCAAGUUCGCCGUCCGCAAGGUGAAAAGGAUGGGCUCUUUGGCUGGGCGGAAACCAGACGUGGAAACGGAGGUAUAA